GCCGGCGGAGGAGGGGCGCGAGCGCCGCAAAGUUACUUGGCCUGCGCCGGGCCGGGUCCUCGUGCUGGUGGCGGGGCGGCGGGAGGAGCGAAGCGGGGCUCCGCGGGCUGAAACCCGAAACCUCCGGUCCCCGAGCGCGGCCGGGAGGAAGGAAGCAGCGGCCGAGGCGGGGAGGCGGCCCGGCCGGACCCUGAACUGCUGCUGCGGCGGCGGCUCCUCGGAAUAUUUCCUUUUUUGACCAUGCCCAUGGCGUGCAGAAGUUCCUGGACCAGGAAUUGAACCUGAACCAUAGCAAGAAGCUGAGCCGCUGCAGGACAUUGCCUGAUCCUUAACCUGCUGUACCACAAAGGAACUCCUUAGUCACAGUUUUAAAGUCAUCCAGCAUGCUCUGCCCACCCCACGCCGAGGCGCACUGACCAUGAGCCUCAACUCCUCCCUCGGCCACAGGAAGGAGCUGAGUAACUUCACUGAGGAGGAAGGUGGCCAAGGCGGGGUUGUUGUCACCGAGUUCAUUGCCAUUGUCAUCAUCACCAUUUUUGUCUGCCUGGGCAACCUGGUCAUCGUGGUCACCUUGUACAGGAAGUCCUACCUCCUCACCCUCAGCAACAAGUUCGUCUUCAGCCUGACCCUGUCCAACUUCCUGCUCUCCGUGCUGGUGCUGCCUUUCGUGGUGACCAGCUCCAUCCGGAGGGAAUGGAUCUUCGGGGUGGUCUGGUGCAACUUCUCUGCCCUCCUCUACCUGCUGAUCAGCUCGGCCAGCAUGCUCACCCUCGGGGUCAUUGCUGUCGACCGCUACUAUGCUGUCCUGUACCCCAUGGUAUAUCCCAUGAAGAUCACGGGCAACCGAGCUGUGAUGGCACUUGCCUACAUCUGGCUUCACUCCCUCAUCGGCUGCCUGCCACCUCUAUUUGGUUGGUCAUCGGUGGAGUUUGAUGAGUUCAAGUGGAUGUGUGUGGCUGCGUGGCACCGGGAGCCUGGCUAUACAGCUUUCUGGCAGAUCUGGUGUGCCCUGUUCCCCUUCCUGGUCAUGCUAGUGUGCUAUGGCUUCAUCUUCCGCGUGGCCAGGGUCAAGGCACGCAAGGUUCACUGUGGCACCGUGGUCAUCGUGGAGGAGGACCCACAGAGGAAUGGGAGGAAGAACUCCAGCACCUCCACCUCCUCCUCAGGCAGCAGGAAGAACGCCUUUCAGGGCGUGGUCUAUUCGGCCAACCAGUGCAAGGCCCUCAUCACCAUCCUGGUGGUCAUUGGUGCCUUCAUGGUCACCUGGGGCCCCUACAUGGUUGUCAUCACAUCUGAGGCCCUCUGGGGGAAGAACUAUGUCUCCCCAACACUGGAGACCUGGGCCACUUGGCUGUCUUUUACCAGCGCCAUCUGCCACCCCCUGAUCUAUGGACUCUGGAAUAAGACGGUUCGCAAGGAACUACUGGGCAUGUGCUUUGGGGAUCGGUAUUACCGGGAACCGUUUGUGCAGCGGCAGAGGACGUCCAGGCUCUUCAGCAUUUCCAACAGGAUCACAGACCUGGGCCUGUCCCCACACCUCACAGCGCUCAUGGCAGGCGGGCAGCCCCUGGGGAACAGCAGCAGCACGGGGGACACCGGCUUCAGCUGCUCUCAGGACUCAGGAACAGACGUGAUGCUGCUCGAGGACUACACGUCUGACGACAACCCUCCCUCGCACUGCACUUGCCCACCCAAGAGGAGGAGCUCGGUGACAUUCGAGGAUGAAGUGGAACAAGUCAAAGAAGCUGCCAGGAACCCUAUUCUUCAUGUGCGAGCCGACGUGCAUAAGUCCUUGGACAGUUACGCAGCCAGCCUGGCCAAAGCCAUUGAGGCUGAAGCCAAAAUCAACUUAUUUGGGGAGGAGGCUUUGCCUGGGGUCUUGCUGGCGGCACGGACGGUGCCAGGGGCUGGCUUUGGGAGUCGCCGGGGCAGCAGAACUCUGGCGAGUCAGAGGCUGCAGCUGCAGAGCAUCGACGAGGGGAACAUUUUAGCUGCAGAACAGAGAUGAGGGCCUCCCCGCAGGAUGCCCAUUCCCGUCUGGGCCAGGGCCCUGGGAGCAACAUCUGGUCUUCAGUCAUCAGACGAAAAACCUCUGAACACAACGUCUGUGAGUGACUUCGGUGUCUGUUGUGAGACCCCACCAGGCUUCUUGUGGGCCCCAGUGACGAGACCAGAGGCACCUAGAGCAUAAAGAAAAGCAGGUGGAGGUGUGGUUGUGACUUUGUGGGAGGCGGGGCUGAGAGGGGGACUGGUGAGCACGGCCGGGAGGAAACCACCAUGUGGGUCGCUUCCUCUUCUUCACAACCUGUGUCCUGGGAGUCCAGCCACGCACUGUCCCAAGGCCUCAGGCGAGCCCUUCCCGAUGCACUUUGGAGGACGGCACUUCCGUGUAGUGGGUCUGGGCCGUGUGGGGCCGUCAGUUCUGCACUAAACGGUCCCCAGAAGAGAAUCCAGCAGCAGAGCACCCCAGAUCCAUUUGCCACACGCUGUGUCCUGGUUAUGACUUUGCCUUUGGUGGAGACACCUGCUGGUGCUAGAGGGGACAGGCCGGGGGCCCAGGGGGAUGUUGUUGCUGAGAACAAGGCCCAUCGUGUCCGCCUCCCUGUGGGCUUAUUCUUUGAUGUUUCAAAAGCAGGGAGAAACCACUGUAAAAGACAGGAGAGAGGCGCAGAUACCAGAUGUUUCAUUUCUAGUUUUAAAAAACAAUCCGUUUGGUUAGGACGCACCAUGAUCUUACUGAGCCCGAACGGGGCCACAGGGCCACGUGCUGCUGGGAAAUAGAGAUACUGUUGGAAUCCUGUCACAUAGGAAAACGUCGUGGAAUAGAUUCUGUUUGUGAGGUUUGAUUGACCAUUUAGAUUAGCUGGCUGCCAGGUGCACAGGGAGUUCUCCCGUAGGCAGCAGCUACUAGUUCCCUGCCCUGGGCAGUUUGAGACAAGAGAGACUUGGAGUGAGCAACCUGCCUUCUGGCCUGGCUCUGUCUUACCUUAUCAUUUGGGACUUCUGUCACCUCUAGGAAUCUGGGAAAUGAGAUAAGGGAUUGGAGAGUUGGAUUGAAUGGUUGCCAGGAUCAUUUCUAACUCUGGUCUUUGAUGUUUUUGAAUUUGUAGCUUAGGGAAAAAAAAAAAAGGGCAUCCCAUGGACUAACAUUUGCACAGUUUUUGUGUGUGGCUUCUCAUGUGUGUGUGUGGAGGGGUGGGCUGGUCCAGUUGGUCUAUUACGAGCAUGUCCUGACACAGUGCCAACCAGCAAGACACAUAAAUGGGGCCAGAGGGCACCUCCUCGAGGUGAAAGGGGAGCUGCGGAUUAUGGUUCAUAUGCUGGAUCUUCCCCGCCUCCCGUGAGUCAGGAUGGCAGUUGAAGUGGGGGCUUGGAGUCAGGUCUGUGCUGACUGGAACCACCUGUGCCUGCCCUUCAGCCUGAAUGAUUAAAUCAGCCAAGUGCAGGACCUUCCCCGCCUUCAGAAUUCCAGGUGAUUGGCAAAGGGUAGAUUCCAAGAUCCAGCUGCGUCUGCUACAGGGGCAGCUGUUCCAGAAAGUGAAUGACCUUUGCAGUGUUCUUUGGGGUCUAGCUAGCUCUUGGUGAGGCAGUGUCUCUACUGUGUGGCUGGUCCCCUAGUGUGCAGUUUACAAAAGACUUUCCUGAGACCUGGGGGCUUGCUAACCUUCCCAAUGAUCAUCUGAUCAUCAACAACCCCUGUGGGUCAGCUGGGUGCCAGGCACUGGUCGGAUUCUGGAUGAGAGUGGGAAGAAGCAGGUGGCUUUUCCAGAGGAGCAGAGGGCAGUUUCACCUGUGGGUUCUGCUGAUAAGAUGUGCAGAUCAGGGAGUUCCUUUUGUGGCUCAAUGGGUUAAGAACCUAGCGAGUAUCCAUGAGGAUGCCGGUUUGACUGCUGGCCUUGCUCAGUGGGUUAAGGAUCUGGCACUGCAGCAAGCAUAGGUGUAAGUCACAGAUGUGGGCUCGAAUCUGGCAUUGCUGUGGUGGUGAUGUAGGUUGGCAGCUGCAGCUCUGAUUCGACAGCUAGCCUAGGGACUUCCAUAUGCUGCAGGUGCAGUCCUAAAAAGAAAAAAGAAAAAAAAAAAAGAUGUGUAGAUCAGUCAGACUCUGCUCUCACUCCUGGGUGGCAUGCCUAAAUCUGAGGGCAUUUAUGUUCCCUAUGUGUGAUUUUUUUUUUUCCCCUAGCACUUGUCCUUGUCUAGUUUCUAAAGGGGCUAUAUUCCUGAGCAUCUAGUGUGCACUGAGGUGGAACAGGGCAGAGAGACCUUUACAGGCAAGUUAGAGUAACUCACGAUGGCCCCCAGGCUAGGCCUUUUUGAGUGCCGCAAAGUGGCUUGCAACCCAAGGGUUGGAGAGUACUUCCCCUGGACUGUAGUUGGCUGGGCUCUAGGGAAAGAGUCCUGGGACCCACCAGGUCCCCACUGGCUGAUCCUAGACUAGCUGCGAUACACUGGGAUUUAAUCUAAGCUAAUCUAAAAGUACAAAAGCGUUCUCUGUGUUUGCCCUUUUCCGCUGAGGUCUGUUUAUUCAUCUACCAGGCAUCACAUCUAUGUGCAAAGCAUUGUAAACAUUGGUUACUACUUGAUUACUAACACUGGCUCUGUGAGUAGUAACAUUAGAGUGUUUUCACUCUAACAUAGGGAGAGACCUGGAGGCGACUGAGGCUAAAUAGCAAAGUCAGGUAAUGAUUAUUGAAAGAACUGCAGACUCCAGAGGGAGGUGAUUAUUUCCAAGUAGAGGAGUUGGAGGCAGCUCCGUGCAGAAGGUGACUGCUGGCACCAAACCUUGGAGGAUGUCUGGCAGCUAGAACUAUAUUUUGAAUAUUCAGGAAUUCAGUUUCCUUGAUACGGCCUGAGUGGAAAAAGAAGAGCAAGAAGGAGGUGGGUGAGGAGAGGAAGACAUCACCCAGUACACUGAGAGGCAUUUUUUUACUGGCACAUGGAAGUUCCUGAGCCAGGGAUCAAACCCGUGCCACAACAGUAACCAGAGCUGCUGCAGUGACAACACUGGAUCCUCAACUUGCUAUGCCACGGGAGAACUCCUGAGAGGCAUUUUUGAGGAUACCUGUCCUUAGCACAGGAGGUCAAAACCCCAGCUUCCUUCACUGAAGCCAGGCCGUUAGCUUUAUUCUGCUGUGCAGGGGCAGCCGGAGGCCUUCCUGAGGGGGCCGCGUGGACAGUGGCAGGUAGGACAUUUGGCCACUCGUUCACUUAAAAAUCUAGUCCCGUUGUCUGGCUUUGAAAACCGUUUUAGGACAGUUGCCCAUCUCCGCUUCUUUCAUGGGAUUGCCACUUGACCAGGUUCCCAUGCUGUCCCCUAGAUAGCAGGUUUGGGGGCUAGUGUGACCCAGAAGGCACUGGAGUCUCACACCACACCACAGAGCACACAGCUCAACACCCCUUUGCCUUUUCCCAGGCCAGAUGCACCAAAGUGAAGUUCAGGGCCUUAGGCACUAGGUGGCAGCAGUGUGGCUGUGAUGCCACUGGCAGUUCCUGGAGGCAAAGGGCUAAGGAUAAACCUAAAGGCUUGUUUGCUUCUGGGUUAGAGCUCUUACUCUGAACUCCUGGUCUCUACUGCAGUCCUCGGCCUUUAAAGGACCACCCAGCCAGCUUGCUUACAAGUGUGACCCCAUUCAGGGUCACAGGUACUGCCACUGCUCAGCUCUGUGAUCUUAAGCAAAUCCCUGCUGUAGAAGGAGGGUUGAGGAAUGUAAGACAAGGGCCAUCUGGUGCUAACGUCAAAGUUUGAUUCUCAUUUAAGGAGCCGCUAGGUAGUCUCUGAGCGGCCAGCGAGACUAACUCAGGUAUUUGCAAUAGGCCAAGGACGUUUAGGGUGGACAGGAAAGGGGGGAAAAGUGCUUUGAUAUAAUGAGAGGCCCUAUUAGCCUGUUCAGAUUUAACUAGAUGAGUUUAUCUCUGUCCUGACAGUUGGUCCCUGAAAUCCUUGCAGAUUAGACAGAUCUCUAGAUGGACCACAGGGUAUAGUCAUGACAGGGGCUCAGCUGUGAGCCCCAGCUAUCUCCAGUCUGGAAGGAACCUUGGAAGUGAUGUAGCUACAAAAGGGUGAGGCACUGAUACGUACUGAGUGCCUACUGCAUAACUGACCUGCUAAGACAUCUGAGUGCCUGUCUUGUGCAUUGGUUAGGCAUUUCUAAGUGCUUUCUCUCAUUGCCCAUCUGUGCAAAUGUGGUAUCAUGGGGACUGUGCAGGCUUGGGUCCCAUGCUGCUAUCUAUUAGCAGGCUGUCCUUGGGCCACUUACUUAUUCUGUAUUGGUUUUCUCAUCUAUAAAAUGAACUUUGUAAUCUGUUUCUAAGUGGAGACAUGGACUCCAGGGGAGCUUCCCUCUUAGGUGAUGAUGUGGAUUCAAGCAUUCAGCCCAGUAUCUGGGGCAGAGUUGAUGCUGAGCCACUGCUCUCUCUUCUCCAUGCAGUCAGUGGGUGUAUUAUUCCUGCUUUACAGGGCUCGCUAUGACAAGAAGUGAGCAUCUGGAAAAGAUAACUGUUAUCCUAGAUAAGAGGUAUUGAAGGUGGUUGCCAUGGGGAUUGUCAUGUUUGCUGUAUAGCACAAAGGGACGUGGUGGGAAAGGGGACAGCAGUAGAGAGGAGGGAGGAAAGGCAGUAGCAUUUGGAACUAAGGAGCAAAACUUUUCUGAAAGUUACUGGUUAGUGAAGACGAUGGCGCCCAGGGCUGGUGUGGUGUCUGGAAUUAAAGCACAAGCUCAGCUUCGACCUCCCUUACAGUCCAGAAAGGGUGCUCUCCCAGAGAUGACCUGUAGUGACAGUGACUCCUAGGGUCACAGGCUCUCUGAUCCUCCAAGCCCCCGAGGGAAGAGGAGGUGCAGGAUCAACAGGCCAUGCCACUGCCCACAGCAUACAGAGCCCCUGCUGAGUCCCAGGGGAGAGAAGGAAAAUCAUAAUUUUCACCCUGAACCAAAGGAAAAUGGCUGUGAGCACAGUCAAAUGUGACCACAGAAGGAGCAAAGCCAGACCGUCCUUCUGGGUUGGGGAGAGGGACACAUGGAAUCCAGGGAGGCCUAGAGAAGUGAAGGGACCUGCCCAAUGUCUCAAAGCCAGUCAGCGCUGGAAUGCCAGGUCUUGGCCAUGCGACUGAGAGAAGGAAAGAACCAGCUUUGCUGCUGGAGGAGGAUGAGGGAUAGUUCACAGUUGUCAUAGUUAGAAGAAUAGGGCAGCAGGGCUUUAUUAGGUAGGUAGGUAGAAGUACUGUAAACCCAAGGAGUUUGCAAGAUUGGAAUAUGGCUUGCUAGACCUCUAAAAAACUGCAGGCCUAAGGAAAGUGAUUGGAUUCAGUGGAAAGAAUUCAAAGCAUAAACUCAAAUCUGCAUAAGAUUACCAAGAGCACAGUUCUGCUCAGUGUUAUUUUUAGGAGAACAAAAUACAAAAAGCUGUUCCUUUCCCUCAGAAAGUGUUUUCCUAAGCAGUAUUAAUAGCUUAGAAAUUAGAAGCCACUCGUUUCUCCUUCUGACAACACCAUUUUGAAGUAUCACUCAUCACAGGAGAGUCAGGCCUGCGUGGAGGAAAAGACAGUUUUAGGGUGGCUCACAGGCCUGGGCAGGCAAGGCUGCCGCCUGUUUGGCUGGAAAUCGGUCUGCGAUGUGGACAUCUUAAGGGACAGAGUCCUGUGCUGUGUUCUGAUAACGGACCCCUGGAAGCACAAGUGGUUAAAAACCAGCCUUCAAAAUGAAGACAAACUAAUCCUGAAACACAGUUCACCUGAAGUAUUUGGAUGUUCCUUAAAGAUUAAAAAAUGCUUAGGAUUAUUAUAAAUCAAUAUUUACAAACAAGUGUAUUAAGAAUAGUUUUGUUUCCCUGAUUAAAUACCUGGUUUUGGGAUGUG